UAAAAUGAGAAAAGAAUUAGCCAGGAAGGGCCUGCUGCCUCGUUCGCUGGCUCACAACUCACAAGUCACAGGUUACACAGUUCACUCUUCUCAAGUUCAGAUCGAGAUCUCUCAAAUUGUCCGACUCUCCCAUUCCCCUUAUUGUUAGCUCCUCGUCUCCUUCUUUUAUAUUUCCAGCUGCUGCUCCAUUUUGCGGCAAAAUGUCGGGCGAGGAGAGAUGGUGCGUGGUAACGGGCGGCAGAGGAUUCGCCGCUCGUCAUUUGGUCGAAAUGUUAAUUAAAUACGAUAUGUUCGCUGUUCGAAUCGCCGACUUGCCUUCUAAAAUUGACCUCCAAUCGCACGAGGAGAAUGGACUUCUCGGCCAAGCUUUACGGUCCGGUCGUGCUCAGUACGUCUCCACUGAUCUUCGCCAUAAAGCUCAAGUGCUCAAAGCUUUGGAAGGAGUCGAGGUUGUUUUCCAUAUGGCGGCUCCUAAUUCGUCGAUUAAUAAUUAUCAGCUUCAACAUUCGGUUAAUGUUCAAGGUACUAAAAAUGUUAUUGAGGCUUGCACUGAACUUAAAGUGAAAAGGCUUAUCUAUACGAGCUCCCCGAGUGUUGUUUUCGAUGGGAUUCACGCAAUCUUUAAUGGGAAUGAAUCCUUGCCUUAUCCAGAUAAACAUAAUGAUUCAUACUCAGCUACAAAGGCGUUGGGAGAGGCAUUGGUCGUCAAGUCAAAUGGAGUUAACGGGCUUCUAACUUGUUGCAUACGUCCUAGCAGUAUUUUUGGCCCUGGAGAUGGGUUGUUGGUUCCAUCUUUGGUUGCGGCAGCCAGAGCAGGGAAAUCCAAGUUCAUAAUUGGUGAUGGCAACAAUGUAUAUGAUUUCACUUAUGUUGAGAAUGUGGCUCAUGCUCAUAUUUGUGCUGAACGAGCUCUAGCAUCUGGAGGAGAAGUUGCAGAAAAAGCUGCAGGGAAGGCGUAUUUUAUAACCAAUUUGGAGCCUAUCAAGUUUUGGGAGUUUGUUUCUCUAAUACUUGAAGGUCUUGGCUAUCAGAGGCCAAAAAUAAAGAUUCCUGCCAUUGUUGUAAUGCCAAUUGCACAUAUUGUGGAGUGGACAUAUCGGCUAUUAGGCCCAUAUGGUAUGAAGGUUCCACAGUUGACACCUUCAAGAGUUAGAAUUCUGACUUGCAGCAGAUCUUUUGAUUGUUCGAGAGCAAAGAAUCAGAUUGGCUAUACACCAAUUGUCUCACUCGAGGAUGGUCUGCGUAAGACAAUUGAGUCGUUCUCACACUUGAGAGCUGAAUGUCAACCCAAGAAAGGAGGGCCAUCUAAAGCUUCAAUUUAUCUUGGACGGGGGAGGGUUGCCGACACACUACUUUGGAAGAAUAAAAGGCAGACAUUGACAGUGCUGUUAGUAAUGGUUGCAAUUUACUACAACUUCAUUGCUCGGGGUGCUACCAUUCUUACCACAGUUUCAAAGCUUCUCUUGUUUUUACUAAUUUUCUUGUUUAUCCAUGGCAGUUUACCAAAUAAAAUAUUGGGAUAUACAGUAGAGAAAAUUCCAGCAUCAAAUUUCCACUUAUCAGAAGAGAAAUCACGGGACGUUGUUAUGUCGAUGGCUUCAUCCUGGAACGGUCUUGUUAAUGUUUUGAAGUCUCUUUGCAAGGGGAAGGACUGGAUACUUUUCCUCAAGGUGUUUUUUUCUUUACUGCUGCUUAGCUUCAUUGGAGCCUUACCAUUUCAGACUAUUUUUUUCAUAGGGAGUUACCAACACUAACCAUGAUGUCACAGUCAACAUCAAUCCUAUGGUGAAUGAAAGAGGAAAGACGGGAACAUGCACAUAGUGACACAACAACAACAUCCAAUGAUGGACAUGGUAUCACAAGACCAACCAGAAAAUUACCCAAACUUAAGAAAUGUUGAACAAUGCUUUUUGAAAUCACAAAGCAGGAUCAAGUUUGUUCUUGGUUACGCAAAAAUCAGGUUACAGACUAGUGUCUUAGCCAACCAACACAGAGACGACCUUGAAAGUUAAUAUUGAAUAGGUCCAACAACAGUGGCGGGUCUUCACGCUUGACUUUAGGGAUCAGUAUUUUAUUAUUUAUAUGUAGUUUUCUACUAUUAAAAAAAAUACAAUAUUUCAUACGAGGAAACAAUAUAUAUGAAUAACACUCUUUGAAUUGAAUUUGAA